CCUCCAACACUAAUAAAAGCCCAGGAUCCCAGGGAUAAGAGCACCUCUGCUAUCACACUCUCAGGCAGUUGGCAGUUGUGUUGCUGGCACCAAGUCCUCCGGACCCAACUCAGACAAGACUCAUGGCAUCAAGAAACUAUAUCACUGCAGCCAUUGUCCCCAUCUUCUUCAUGGUUAUCCUGUCCUGCUCAGGUGCUCCAGUGACCCCCACGGAUUCCCAAGUGAUUGUGUGCCAGCCCUGGCUCCUGUGUGGGAUCGUGGCCUACAACCCCCAGGAGAAUCAAUGCUGUGAGGAUGGCAGUGUUCAGCCCUUGCCCCUGAGCUGUGGUCCUACAUUCAGCUAUGACCCCUGCUUUCAGCAUUGCUGCCCCGACUCUUACCGGCAGAAGUACGUUGUGGUCAAUAAGACCAGGGCAGGGACCGAGAGAGGUGAUUGUGAAAUGGCGCGCUCCCAUUAGGAGCUGACAUCAGGUGAAAGUUGGCCAGAAGACUCCUCCUUUCUCCAAAGGCAGUUUCCAGAUCUCAAAAGAUCAAAGGACUUGAUGUUGACCCAAAGUUUGGGGUUUCUUCAGUG